AUGGACACCUGGAGCUUUCUGUCGGGCGAGGGGGAUUUCUCCUCCAGGCGCUUGUUUGAAGUCCCCCAGCACAGGCGCUGGGCUGGGUUUGGGGUCAGCGAGGGGGGUGGCCCCGGGCACCCAGCACAGGCGCUGGGCCAGGUUUGGGCCCUGGCGCAGGAGGUGCAGACGGAGAACAUGACAGUGGUGGAGGGUGGUGUGGCCGAGAUCAACUGCCGGCUGCACCGAUACGAUGGCUCCAUUGUGGUGAUCCAGAACCCGGCCCGGCAGACGCUCUUCUUCAACGGCACACGGGGUGAGGGGAAGCUGGGCGGGGGGUCUGUGCACGUGUGUGUUGUGGGGUUGCUGGGUUGUUGGGAUGCACGGCCGCUGGGCUCCCUGUACAGCCGCCCUCGUCUUGUCCCCGCAGACUCGCCCACGGCGCGGAUCCAGCCCAGCCAGGCCGUGCUGCGUGAGGGUGACACCCUGCUCCUCACCUGCGUCGUCAACGGCAACCCGCUCCCCACGGAGAUCACGUGGAGCCGGGCGAACGACUCGCUGCCCGAGCGGGCGCAGAUUGAGGGCGCGGAGCUGACGCUGCCGGCGCUGAGCCCGGGUGACAAUGGCACCUACGCCUGCCACGCGGCCAACAAACACGGGCGCGCCUCCGACCAGUAUGUGCUGGUGGUGUAUGGUAAGGAGCCCCGGCGCCCCCCCACUGACCUGCAGCCCCCGCCCCAUUGA